AUGGCAGAGGAGGAAGCUCGCAGCACCGUCGCCCUCGUGGUCGGCGCCCUGCUGCCCGCCCUAACUACCGUCUUCUUCAAUGGCAUUCCCGGCGCCAUCGGCGGCAGCAACCUGCCGCGCUGGGGCGUCCGGCUGCCGAUUCUUCUAACCUGCGCGGUGCGGCUUUGGUUCACACUGGUAUCGAGGGUGGUGCCGGAGCCCUAUCUUGACGAAAUCUUUCACAUUCCGCAGGCGCAAAAGUAUUGUGAGGGCAGAUUCUUCGAUUGGGAUGACAAAAUUACGACACCUCCUGGACUAUACUUCUUCUCAGUCGCUGUUCACAGAAUCGCCACGGCGCUGCACAUUCCGCAGCUCAACGUCUGUGAUGCCUUCAGCCUCCGCGGCGUCAACUUCAUCGGCGUCCUAGGCGUCAGCUACCUGGCGCUGUGGUGCCGGCAGGCCAUCGAGGCGCGGCAGCAGGAGGCCAUUAGCAGCAGUAGCAGCCUCCUCUCGUCGCCGGCGCGCGUGCGCGCCUUUUCGCAGUAUGCCGUACACACGGCCAUUAACAUUGGCCUCUUUCCCCUGAUAUUCUUCUUUGGCGGGUUGUACUACACGGACGUGCUGUCGACAGGCGUGGUGCUCGCGGCCUUCGCAAACCACUUGUCGCGCGUUGGCGCGGAUCGCAGCUCGGUGCUGAGCGACGUCGGCAUGGUGCUGCUGGGCGUGGCGGCGUUGGGCAUGCGCCAAACGAAUGUGUUUUGGGUUGUCGUCUUCAUGGGCGGCCUGGAGGCGGUACACGCGGUCAAGACGCUGCGGCCAGAGCGGGUCGACCAGCCAGCGAUGAAGACGCUGUGGGAGCAGGGUCGGUAUUUUGCCUGGAGAUACUCGGUAGGCGACAUUCACGACUUGCCUAUCCACAAGGCAUAUCCCGAUGAUAUGAUCUUUACUGCCUUGAGCAUCGGCAUCGCAGCUAUCUGCAACCCUCUGCGAGUGAUUCGGCAGAUUUGGCCGUACCUCGCCAUCCUCGCGUCCUUUGCCGUCUUUGUGCAGUGGAACGGCAGCGUCGUACUCGGGGACAAGUCCAACCACGUUGCCACGAUCCAUCUCGCGCAGAUGCUCUACAUCUGGCCCUUUUUUGCCUUCUUCUCGCUCCCUCUCCUCCUCCCCUCUGGCCUAUCCUUUCUCAACAUGGUCGUUCCCUACUUCCGCCCCUCCUCUCGCAGCGCUUCGACACAACCAGAAAAGGGCAACAACGAUAGCCUCCUCCUCGGCGCGACGAUCCACAUCUUCCACUCCAAGAUCCUCUGGCCGGUAUACCUCGCCGCCACCGGCGUGCUCUCCGUCGCCGUGGUCCGCUUCAACACCGUCGUGCACCCAUUCACGCUUGCUGACAACCGCCACUACAUGUUUUACGUGUUCCGGUACACCAUUCGUCGCGGGAGCCUCCUCCGCAGCGUCCUCGUGCUGCCGUAUACGCUCUGCCGAUGGAUGGUCUGGGACGCGCUUGGUGGGCACAAUAGUUGGUCGGGACUCGAUGAUCAGCCUAAACCCUUUGUUAGCUACCCCUUCUGGACGCCCUCAGCUAAAGUCAAACGGCAGACCAUCACGUUCUACCCACGGUCCCCUGAAGCAGCCUCCACGGUGGAGACACGGCAGGCAAGCGAGGCCGCGCUCAAGGCGCAUCUCGAACAGGACAGUCUGUACCUCUCUACACGAUCCGUGUCUACCUCAACAGGCCUUGUCUGGCUGCUCGCAACUGUGCUGUCGCUCAUCACAGCGCCACUCGUCGAGCCGCGCUACUUUAUCAUCCCGUGGAUCGUGUGGCGGCUCAUGGUACCGGCGUGGCGGCUGCAGGACCACCUGCGCGGUGGGUUCCUGGAGGGCAGCGCCGCGGUGGAGGCGGUGGCGCGCUGGAGCAGCAGCUACGACAUGCGGCUGUGGGUAGAGGGCGCCUGGCACAUGGUCAUCAACCUCGUUACGGGGUAUAUCUUUCUAUACAAACCGUACGUGUGGAUGGCCGAGGACGGGACGGUGCUAGAGGGAGGGAGACUGCAGCGGUUCAUGUGGUAG